UGCAGCUACGAUAACAAGAUUUGAUUUUGAUUUGGCUCGUCGUUCAAAAAAAGAAAACCCAACGUGCGCGGAAAAUAUUUGAAAAAUAUCACAAAAUGCCAUUUGUUCUGCAGUGAGAAUACAAAUAUAAGUGCAUUCAAAAAUAAAACAGGCACAACCCUGGAUUCAUUGAGAAACCGAACAUAGCGGUUCUUUUCGCGUUUUGUUGUUGUUGCAGAGCGCGUAAAAAUUCAAAGCAAAUCGCGCGUACCUGCUUGUUUUUUGUUUUUGUUCAGUGUUUUCUUGGUAUAAAUCAAAAUAUGCAAACAUUUCGGAAUGCCAAGUGAGCUAAUAAACAAAAAGAGCUACUUAAGAACCGAUUAGAAAUGCCGAAUCACCUGAAUUGAGGUGACACGAGGAGACACGAAGCGAGAGCCACUAGAAUCGAGGAUUAAUCGAGGGGGAAAAUCCAGUAAAUAUACAUCCACGCCAUGGCCAUCAAUCAGGGCAAAUACAAACCGACGAUCUGUGCCAUCGACGAGGUGGAUGACCGCAGCUUCAAGCUGCACAACAGCCAGGACGAGAUCGGCGGCAAGCAGCAACACCAGCUGCAGCAGAUCGAGGGCAGCGAGACGGCCCCGCUGACCACCAACCAGCAGAAGUUGCACAUGGACGACGGCUCCCAUCUGACGCCCAAGGAUCUGGAGGCGGCGCGCCAGGAUGCCCUCAACGAGGUGGGAGGAGCAGCCGGCAGGACACCGGCGGCCAUCACUCCGAACUCCACGCAUCCCUCGGCCAAUGGACUAAGAGGCCGACGAUCCUUCGACGCGCUGAUGAGCCUGUCGCGUAAGCGACGCAUCCUGUACGUGACCACCGCCUGCCUGUGCGCCCUGCUCCUGCUGAUCAUCAUCCUGCUGCUGGCCUUCUGGCCGGAGGUGCCCUUCUACCUGCGCGCGCCGCUCUGCCUGGAGAAGGAGUGCGUGGAGAGCAGCCGGCAGCUGCUCCUGUGGGCCAACACCUCGAAGAGUCCCUGCCACGAGACGUACGAGUGGGCCUGCGGCAACUUUGCCAGCGACUACGCGAAUCACGAGUACUUUGUGAUCAAGCGCGGCGAGUGGAACUACGAGACCUACAAUGAGUAUCAGGAACUCAACGAACUGAAUCGCUUCAUCUCAAUGCUGCCCAAUUCGCAGGAGGGCUCAGUGGAGACCAUUGUGAGCAGUCUGUAUCACAGCUGCCGCGAGACCGAUGUCCUGGACAAGAGCCAGUCGGAUCUGCUGCUCAAGCGAGCCAUCAACGCAGUGUAUGGCUGGCAGGCAUUUCGCGAGUCCAAUCGUCUGCAAUCCUGGGACUACAAGCGGGUUCUGGUCCUCCUGCAGGCGAAGCAUGGCAUAUUUCCCUACUACCGCGUAAGCGUGGAGAACGGCUACAGUAAUCCCCAUGAUUAUGUGAUCACCCUGGACGAGGGCGAGAUCGGGCUGCCCGACAAGUACUUCUAUGGCGACGAUGCCGACGAGGAGGUGGUUCGGGGCUAUAAGCUGCUCCUUCGGGACUUUGCCAUCAAUAUGGGAAUCGUUUCCCGGGAGGCCGAUCUCUUCGCCGAUGACAUUUUCCACUACGAACGUCGAAUUGUGAAACACAUCGAGGAUGCCAAAGCCGAUGGGAAUCGUCAGCUGAAUAAACUAAUGCGUCUGGCCGAUCUGAAGACCAAAGCUCCCUCUCUGCCCAUUCUGGAGUCACUGCAGGCCAUCUUUCCGAAAACCAAAAUCACCGAAGAGACCGAGGUUCUGGUGCGCGAUGUGGAGGUCAUGCAUGCCCUAUCCAUUCUGCUCUCAACCUCGGAUAAAAAGCCAAUUAACAACUUUAUCAUUUGGUCGCUGGCCCGCAAAAUGCUGCCGCACUUGUCCAAGGAGUACCGCACCCUGGCCGAGAACUUCGAUCAUUCUCUGUAUGGACGAACGGCCAGCUACCCGCGGUGGCUCAUCUGCAGCAAGGUGGUGCGCGACUGGCUGCCCUUCGCGGUGGACGCACUGCAGCAACAGCCGCCCCGGCAGCAAUUCGAAACCAUAGCGGCCACGAAGAGCAGGGGACUGAACAAGACGCAGGGCAACGAGGAGCUGCUCAAGCUGAUGUUCUUCAGCCUGCGCAAUCAGCUGAAGGACUCGCUGGAUGAGGCCAAGUGGCUGGAGCCGGCGGCCAGGCAGUUCAUCCAGAAGAAGCUCAACGAGAUGCGACUGCAGUUCGGCAUUCCCGACGAGGUGCUGGCACAGCCCAACUAUCUGGCCCAGUACUACAACGAACUGAUCCUGACCAAUGUGUAUUUCGUGGAGCAUCUGGAGGGCAUUUGGACCUUCCGCCGCCUGCAGAUGGAGAAGAAGCUGGGCACGCUGGCCAUGCUGGAUGUCAUUGUUUCCGAGAUGUACACAAGGGACAAUCCACAGGCCAUCGCCUACUCGAACAAACUGAACAUGCUGCUCGUCUCCAGGGUGCUGAUUAGCUCCAGCUACUACGACUACCGAUAUCCAGUAGCUGUGAACUUUGCCCGCAUUGGCACCGAUAUUCUGGAGGCCCUGAUUGACAACUUCUCCACCUUCCUGCUGCAGUUCAACACCCAGAGCACGGACAUCAGUGACGCCGCCCCGGAGAUACCGUAUCCCCGGCCGGAUGUCAAUUGCCUGGCGGCUGGGCAGCCGCCGCGAUUGGUCCACGAACUUAACGAGCUGUCGAGCAGUGCGCUGAAGAGCUUCCAUGUGACGCUGAGUGCCGCCCGAACGGCGGCCAGGGCGUUGAGCAGCUUUGUGAGUGCCAUCGAUGCGGGCAGUGCCAUCCAGGGAUCGGGAAUCGAUCAGGUCAACACCUACGAGGCCCUGGGACUGACGCGUCGCCUGAGGGUGCCGGGCCUGAGGUCCUUCAACGAGAACGAGCUCUUCACACUGGCCUACAUGCAGCAGCACUGCAGCACCACCAUGGCGGACAAGGACUACGCCAGGAUCAAGCCGCUGGUGGAGAGCCAGCUGGCCGAGAGUUACCUCUUCAAUGCCACCUGGCAGCACAUCCAGUUCCUGCCCCGCUCCACAAACUGUGCCGCCGCGGAGGCGAGUUGCUCCAACCUGCUCUGAGAUGCGAUUGCCCAUCCACCAGGACCCCCAGCUCCUCCGCCAGAGCCCUGUGGAUGAUGAUGGAUGGAUCAACGAUAUAUUUAUUGUACUUUUUUUUACUCCCACACAUUGCCAGAGACACAGCUGCAGGAGACACACACACACACAUCGCCUUAGUUUUAGCCUAGUGAUUAAGCGUAGCACGUAGAUUAACCAUGAAGGAUCUGACUUAACUUUGACUAGCCACUGUUGACAUCACGCCACACAUUCGCACCCCGCUCCAACUUGACAGGAAGUAAGCAAGUUGGCCAGCAAGUCGGCUUAAGUACGAACCCCACGCCUAGUUUAGUAGUCUAGCUCGGUAGCCUAGACCUAGUUAGUUGCUAAGCGCCGUCUGCCACCCUGUAUAAAUUGAUGAAUUUGAUUUUUGGAGAACAAUUAAAUGAGAAUGACUUUUCACACA